AUGAAUUCGCAAACUGUUGGUAUACUUGGUGGUGGCCAAUUGGGUCGUAUGGUUGUUGAAGCUGCUAAUAGAUUAAACAUCAAGACUAUUAUAUUAGAUGCACCAAAUUCCCCAGCUAAGCAAAUUAAUGCGUUAAAUGAACAUGUAGAUGGUUCAUUCUCAAAUCCAGCUGAUAUUGAAAAAUUAGCUGAAAAAUGUGAUGUCUUGACAGUUGAAAUUGAACAUGUCGAUGUGCCCACUUUGAAGAAACUACAAUCAAAACAUCCUAACCUAAAAAUUUAUCCAUCUCCAGAAACCAUUGGUUUAAUUCAAGAUAAGUAUGUCCAAAAAAACCAUUUAGUGGCCAAUAAUAUUGCAGUAGCAGAAUCUAUACCCAUUGAAUCCACAACUAGUGAAGGUUUAGCUCUAGCUGGUAGACAAUUGGGAUACCCCUACAUGUUAAAAUCAAGAACAAUGGCUUACGAUGGUAGAGGAAAUUUUGUAGUUAAGAGCGAGGAAUCAAUUCCAAAAGCCCUUGAGUUUUUGAAAGAUAGACCAUUAUAUGCCGAAAAAUGGGCUCCAUUUACUAAAGAAUUGGCUGUUAUGAUUGUGCGUUCCAUUGAUGGUCGUGUGUUUUCAUACCCAACCGUAGAGACAAUUCAUAAGGAUAACAUCUGUUUCCUAUGUUAUGCACCAGCAAGAGUUCCCGAUUCCGUUCAAUUAAAGGCCAAACUAUUAGCAGAAAAUGCAGUUAGAGCUUUUCCCGGUUGUGGUAUCUUUGGUGUUGAAAUGUUCUAUUUAGAAACAGGGGAAUUGCUCAUCAACGAAAUUGCACCAAGACCUCAUAAUUCUGGUCACUAUACGAUUGAUGCCUGUAUUACUUCACAAUUUGAAGCACACCUAAGAGCUAUCCUAGACUUACCAAUGCCCAAGGAUUUCUCCUCUCUUUCUACAUCUUGCACCAACGCCAUUAUGCUCAACGUGCUUGGAGAAGAUGUAAAGAAUCAAGAAUUACAGACUUGCGAAAGAGCGUUAGAGACCCCAGGUGCCUCUGUGUACCUGUACGGUAAGGAAUCAAGACCUAAGCGCAAAUUAGGUCACAUUAAUGUGGUUACUUCAUCCAUGGAGGAGUGUGAAAGACGUCUUUCAUUCAUUACUGGCGAGACUUCUGAGCCAGUUAAGAUCACUGUAGCUCAAAAGAUAGAUUCGGAAUCCAAUGGGAAACCUGUUGUCGGCAUUAUUAUGGGUUCCGAUUCAGACCUACCAGUAAUGUCCAAGGCAUGUGCUAUUCUUGAAGAAUUUGAGGUCCCAUUCGAAGUGACAAUCGUUUCUGCUCACAGAACCCCUCAAAGAAUGAACAAAUAUGCAUCAGAAGCCUCUUCUCGUGGUCUAAAGGCCAUCAUUGCAGGUGCAGGUGGUGCUGCCCAUCUACCUGGUAUGGUUGCCGCUAUGACUCCUCUACCAGUUAUCGGUGUACCAGUGAAAGGCUCCUCCCUAGAUGGUGUCGAUUCCCUACAUUCCAUUGUACAAAUGCCUAGAGGGGUGCCUGUAGCUACAGUGGCAAUCAACAAUAGCACCAACGCAGCCCUGCUGGCAGUCAGGUUCAUCGGUGCUUUCGAACCAAAGUACCAUAAGAAAAUGCAACAGUACCUGUUAAAACAAGAGGUAGAAGUGCUAGAAAAGGCUAAAAAAUUGGAAAAUUCUGGUUACAAGAAUUACAUGGGCCUUGAGUAA